AUGACGGGCAAUGCCCAAGACCUAGAGAAACAAGCCCCCGCGGCUCACACUAGCACCGAACAGUCCGACCACCACGAUCAUGGCCUCUCACCCACCGGCUCAGAUUUCGAAAAAGACAUUUUGACCAAGGAGACCCAACAUAGCCUGUCCACUUCCCACUCUCGCACCUCUGUCGAUACCGACCCCCUUUCGCCCCUCGAGAACGCCCUAGCCCGGCCUUUAUCCUACCCCGAGAUAGAGCAACUCCCACCAGACGACCUCGACGACGACGAUGAUGAGGACGACAGAGAUGGGGCCGGGAACAACAACGCCCUCGACUUGGCCCGUACCCGCACCUCUAUCACAUCAGCCGCUUCUCGCCCACCAGACUAUGAGGUCACGAUCGAGGCUGACGAUCCCGAGAAUCCCAAGAACUGGCCACUCUGGUACCGUGCUUACACCGUUCUGUCCGUAUCCUACGCCACAUGGGUCGUUGUGCUCUACUCCACCAGCUACACGGCCACCAUCCCGGGCGUCAUGGCCGAGUUCGGCAUCACCAGCCGCCCGUUGGCCACGCUGGGUCUGACGACGUACCUGCUAGGGUUGGCCGCGGGGAGCGUGGUCGUGGCGCCGAUGAGCGAGCUAUAUGGCCGGCGGAUCGUGUACAUGGUGUGUUUGGGGGUGUUUACCGUGUUGAUUAUCCCUUGCGGACUGGCCAACAGCUUAGCAUCACUAAUAGUCGUUCGAUUCAUCGGUGCGUUCUUUGGCGCAGCCAUGAUCUCCAACAGCCCCGGCACAAUCGUCGACAUCGCCAACCCCGAGACCCUCGCGCUCUGCAUGUCGUGGUAUAGCGUCGCGCCGCUGAACGGACCCGUCACGGGCCCGCUGAUCGGAGGGUUCGUGUACGAGGACCUCGGGUGGCGCUGGGGCAACUGGCUGGCCAUGAUCCUCGCGGGCGUGGCCGUGGCCAUGGUGUCCUUGGUGAAGGAGACGUACAUGCCGAAGCUGCUCACCAACAAGGUUGCUCGGUUGCGCAAGGAGACGGGGGAUGAUCGGUGGUGGUGCGCUCACGACCAGCGCCGGUCGACACUGGACUUGCUCAAGACGAACCUCAGCCGGCCGUUUGUGCUGGCCGCGACGGAACCCAUCCUGUGGUUCUUCAACAUCUGGAUCUCCAUCAUCUACGGCAUCCUCUACCUCUGCUUCGUCGCCUACCCCAUCGUCUUCACCCAAUACCGCGGCUGGUCCGUCGGCAUGACCGGCCUCGCCUUCCUCGGCAUCGGCAUCGGCACCCUGAUGGGCAUCGCCAUGGAACCCGUCUGGCGACGUCUCAUCAACAACUCCCCGAAAAAGGACCCCGAAACCGGGCGCGCCGCCCCCGAAGCCACCGCCAUCGUCAUGUGCAUCGGCGCGCUCCUCACCCCGCUCGGCCAGCUCGUCUUCAGCUGGACCUGCCUGCCCGCCACCAUCCACCCGGCCAUCCCCAUCGCCUUUGGCAUCCCCUUCGGUAUGGGCAACACCCUCUCCUUCAUCUACGGCAGCAACUACCUCGCCGGCGCCUACGGCAUCUACGCGGCCUCUGCCAUGGCGGGCAACGCCGUCAUGCGCUCCAUUUUCGGCGCUGCGCUGCCGCUUGCCGGGCCGGCUAUGUACGCCGCCAUGACGCCGCAGUGGGCGGGGACGUUCCUGGGGUUGUUGGAGGUGCUGCUGAUUCCGAUCCCGUUUGCGUUUUAUAAAUAUGGGGAUCGGAUCAGGGAUAAGAGUCGGGUGAUUCGGCAGAUGAGGGCGGAGAAACUGAAGGCGGAGAGGCGGGCUGCGAAACUGGCGAGGCGGAAGGCCAGGGCCGAGAAGGCUGCUGCUGAUGCUGCUACGCCUACGACUCCUACGGUCCCGGAGGGCGUGGCGGUGGAUGAUAAGGCGAUCACGGAAGUGGUGAUGGCGGGGGAGAAGGGGGAGGAAGCGAAGGCAGAUGCCGCUGCGCAGGGGGCGAGGAUGGCCUAA